ACUCCUUGACACUCACAGUCAGUCACAGAGGCACAUUCAAUCACAAAGGCACAUUCAGCCACAUCUGCUGUUACUCUUAUUCUCCCGGCCUCAGACACACACACCAGCAGCUACACCUACAUGCUGACCAUCACAGGCACACAGAGGCACAUCCACCUCACAUCCACCUCAUACUUGUGUACUCUCAGGGUUCAGUCUUUCAUCCGAUCCCUCUCUGAUCUGUGCCUCCCAAUACCUUCCAAGAUGUUUACAGAGACCCUUGUCCCUGUGCAGUUAGGAGUGUAAGGCAAGAGAGCCCCUACUUCAUGGGGCAGAUCAAGAGCUGAGACCAAAGAUGGUCUAUGUUACUGACGUUGUCCUGUCCUCCUACUGUCUUAAACUGUGAUCCCUGCUGCGGUCACUGAAGCCUUUCCCUAGCAGGAAGAAAAUCUCACUGGAAAAUCCCAGAACUAUUCUGUUACACAGAAAACCAGGAAACAGAAGUUUAAAACCAAGUCUAAGAAAAGUCCCCAGGGUCACACAGUUCAUAAGCGACAGAGCCAGGAUUCCAGCACCUGGUCUGAAUGACCCGGAAGCCAGGACUUUUCCCCGCAUCUCUACAUCAGGAGUGCUGGAGCAGGAAGCGGUCAGGAAGCCCCACUAGGAGUAACAAAGAUGGGAUCACAGAGCCUUGGAACUGGGGGUGGCUCCUUCAUGGGACCAUGGUGCCACCUACUGGCAGAAAGGGAAGGGGUGUACACAGAGCGCUAAGAGAAGACUGGGAAGGGGAAAAAGAAAAAGAUGGGGAGGGAGAGGAGAUGGAAAGAUGAAGAGAGGGGAAAAAUGGGGAAUGUGAGGUUUUAUGGAGGGAAGAGGAUUAGGAACUAUUUGCUGCUCAGAGGAGAGAGCGGAGGCUGCCAAAUCUCAGUCAUUUCCUUGAAAGUGAGCAGUGGUGUGUGAGAGCCAGGCGUCCCGCUGCCUGCCCACUCAGCGGCAACUCCCGGGAGCUGUUCUGUCCUUUGUGGAGCCUCAGCAGUUCCCUCUUUCAGAACUCGCUGCCAAGAGCCCUGAACAGGAGCCACCAUGCAGUGCUUCAGCUUCAUUAAGACCAUGAUGAUCCUCUUCAAUUUGCUCAUCUUUCUGUGUGGUGCGGCCCUGUUGGCAGUGGGCAUCUGGGUGUCAGUCGAUGGGCCAUCCUUUCUGAAGAUCUUCGGGCCGCUGUCGUCCAGUGCCAUGCAGUUUGUCAACGUGGGCUACUUCCUCAUCGCAGCCGGCGUUGUGGUCUUUGCUCUUGGUUUCCUGGGCUGCUAUGGUGCUAAGACUGAGAGCAAGUGUGCCCUCAUGACGUUCUUCUUCAUCCUCCUCCUCAUCUUCAUCGCUGAGGUUGCAGCUGCUGUGGUGGCCUUGGUGUAUACCACAAUGGCUGAGCACUUCCUGACGUUGCUGGUAGUGCCUGCCAUCAAGAAAGACUAUGGUUCCCAGGAAGACUUCACUCAAGUGUGGAACACCACCAUGAAAGGGCUCAAGUGCUGUGGCUUCACCAACUAUACGGAUUUUGAGGACUCACCCUACUUCAAAGAGAACAAUGCCUUUCCCCCAUUCUGUUGCAAUGACAACGUCACCAACACAGCCAAUGAAACCUGCACCAAGCAAAAGGCUGACGACCAAAAAGUAGAGGGUUGCUUCAACCAGCUUUUGUAUGACAUCCGAACUAAUGCAGUCACCGUGGGUGGUGUGGCAGCUGGAAUUGGGGCCCUCGAGCUGGCUGCCAUGAUUGUGUCCAUGUAUCUGUACUGCAAUCUACAAUAAGUCCACUUCUGCCUCUGCCACUACUGCUGCCACAUGGGAACUGUGAAGAGGCACCCUGGCAAGAAGCAGUGAUUGGGGGAGGGGACAGGAUCUAACAAUGUCACUUGGGCCAGAGUGGACCUACCCUUUCUGCUCCAGACUUGGGGCUAGAUAGGGACCACUCUUUUUAGGCGGUGCCUGACUUUCCUUCCAUUAGUGGGUGGAUGGGUGGGGGGCAUUCCACAGCCUCUAAAGUAGCCAGUUCUGUUGCCCAUUCCCCCAGUCUCUUAAACCCUUGAUAUGCCCCCUAGGCCUGGUGGUGAUCCCAGUGCUCUACUUGGGGAUGAGAGAAAGGCAUUUUAUAGCCUGGGCAUAAGUGAAAUCAGCAGAGCCUCUGGGUGGAUGUGUAGAAGGCACUUCAAAGUGCAUAAACCAGUUACAAUGUU